AAGUCAGGGAAUUUGGUGGGGAGGGGGGGGGCUGUAGAUUUAAGGGGAGGAGAACUGCAGACAGUCCCAAAGAGGUUUGCCAGAGAAGUAUGCUGACUGACCUUGCUCUGCAAAAUUAAGAUCUGCACUCAACGAUAAACCGCAGCCCCGUCCAGGACUGUUGGGGAGAGAAAAAAUAGAUGGAAGCAAAUGGGAUCUCUCUGGAAGUUCAACCCAAAGAGACAGACGCACCCCUAAGGAUUCCAGAUGACUCAGAAAGACAGCGGGAGAGGAAAAUGGCUGCAGCCAAAAAACAGAGGAAUGUAUCCAUCGCCAGCGAAGAUGCCGGCCAGGUGAUCCCAGCUGAGUCGCAAACACCGGGGGAGAGGAGAGAGAAUGAAUGCCACACGUGCGGGAAAAGUUUUUGUUCCAAAUCCCGCCUCAAAGUCCACCAGAGGAUCCACACGGAGAGACGGCCCUAUCAAUGCCAGGAAUGCGGCAAGGGCUUCCGGCAGAGCGGCCACCUAUCCCAGCACCACAGGAUGCACACUGGAGAGAGGCGCUACAAAUGUUUGGAGUGUGGGAAAAGUUUUAGCCAGAGUACCUAUUUCAUCUUGCACAAGAUGACCCACACGGGAGAAAAACCUUUCACUUGUCCGGAGUGCGGGAAGAGUUUCAGCCACAGCCGGAGGCUGACUAUACAUCGCGCCAUCCACACGGGCAAGAGGCCGUACCAAUGUCCGGAGUGUGGACAGAGUUUCAGCCAAAGCACCCACUUGACUUCCCAUCAGAGGAUCCACACCGGAGAGAAGCCGUAUCGGUGCACCGAGUGUGGGAAGUGCUUCAAUCAGAGCACUCAUUUGACUCUACACCGGCGGAUCCACACGGGAGAAAAACCCUACCGGUGUCUCGAAUGCGGGAAGUGUUUCAGCCAGAGCCCGCAUUUAACUUUACACCAGAGAAUCCACACCGAGGAGAAAAUCUAUAAGUGCUCCGAGUGUGGGAAGGGAUUCCGUCGGAGCGAUCACCUGAUCUCGCAUCAGAGGAGUCACACGGGGGAGAAACCGUAUCACUGCUCCAAAUGCGGGAAGAGUUUCAGUCGAAGUUCGAUCCUGCAUAAACAUCAGAGAAUCCACAAGGAUGGAGAAACAUCACUCUGAAUUUUUCUCAACGCUGAACUCAAUGGGCAGAACUUUUGAGGGUCUCUGGUCUUUUGAGGGUUUUGAAGAUUGCUUGACAGCUUGUGGUCUGGUGCUUAGUUAACCUUUAGGCCAGGGGUCUCCAAACAUGGCAACUUUAAGACUUAUGGACUUCGACUCCCAGAAUUCCUCAGCCUGCCAUGGGAAUUCUGGGAAUUGAAGUCUACAAGUCUUAAAGGUGCUUUUUUCCCCUCAGAGGCAACUGGACUUUCUUGUUUUUCUUUGAAGACCUUUCGCUUUUCAUCCAAGAAGCUCCAAGAAGCUCUGACUGGAUGGUGGAGAAUGGAAGGGUUUAUAUUUCUUGCAGACAGCUGGUCAUUUGCAUUCUUUUAGCGAGUCAUUAAGCCACCUGGAAAUUUAUCUGUGUUGUCAAAGUCCUCUGAACCAAGGCCUGGUAGCUCAGCAGACUGAUAGCAUUGUGAUUAACACCAGCUGCCUGCAAUUACUGUAAGUUCGAAUCUCACCAGGCUCAAGGUUGACUCAGCCUUCCAUCCUUUCUAAGGUAGGUAAAAUGAGGACCCAGUUUGUGGGGGCAAUAAGCUGACUUUGUAUAAAAUAUACAAAAGUAUGAAGGCUAUUGCUUAACGCAUUGUAAGAUGCCCUGAGUCUCCGGAGAAGGGCGGCAUAUAAAUCAAAUUAAAAAAAAAAUGGGUGUGGGGCCUUCUUGGAACUUUUUUUUUUUAAAUUUGAUUUAUAUGCCGCCCUUCUCCGGAGACUCAGGGCGGCUUACAAUGCGUUAAGCAAUAGCCUUCAUCCUUUUUGUAUAUUUAUACAAAGUCAGCUUAUUGCCCCCACAAACUGGGUCCUCAAUUUGCCUACCUUAGAAAGGAUGGAAGGCUGAGUCAACCUUGAGCCUUGGCGAGAUUGGAACCUGCAGUAAUUGCAGGCAGAUGGUCUUAAUAACCAGCUUAAUAACAGGGUGCCUUAGACCACUGUACUACCAAGGAACUGCUGAAAAGACUGUGUUGUAGACUGGAGAUAGGUGAUGUCGUAUCCCCCACCCCCACCUCUGUUUAGAGAGGGUUGUUCAAUUUUGAUAUCAAUGGCUUCUUUGACUCCUCUUUCAAAGCAGAGGUCCUCUCUGACCAAAAUGUGGACUAUCCUGUCUUCAAAAGAGUGGCCUUUGUCUUUUAAAUGCAUAUGGACUGCUGAAUCUAGUCCUGAUUGCCAUUCAGAGUUGAAGAAGCUUCUUGGGUGAGAAGUGAAACUUCUUCAAAAACCAGAAAGUCCAGUUGCCUCUGGAAAAAGCACCUUUGGGACAACCAUGACCUGGAGAACUGACAAUCUCCAGAGACACAAGUCUUAAAGUUGCCAAAUUUGGCGGCCUCUGCUUUAGUCAUUAGAUAAAACUUGGGGGUGUUGUGGAAAUGUUACUUCAUAACAAGCAUACUCGAAGUAUGAUGACCGUGCAUAAAUUGCAGCAAAAUAUGACUUAAAUGUGGAAAUAAGGUGAGGAAUAGAAAUUAUAAUAAAGCAGUUUGGAAAAAUU